CGCUGGAGGGAGCAAGGGAGGGGAGCUUGUUUGGACUGGAGCCGAGGCCGGCCUCCUGAGCGCUGGAAAGGGCGGAGCAGCACACAUGCGCUGAGCUGGCAGAGCCACAGUCAGUCAGGGCUGAUCCCUCCGCCCGCUGCGCCCGAGGAGAGGAGAGGAGACACGGACAGGCUCGAGUCCGGGGUGCUGGAGACCCACCUCACCACACACUGUCUCCAAGGACAACAUUAAGGCACCAGGACUGGAAAAGACCUGAGGAAAUCGCGAACCCGACACGGAGACACCAUCCGGACACGAAGCUGAAAAGGGGGACGUCUCCUCUCCAUCGCCUUUUGCGCACGACCACCCAUUAAAAACCCCUGUGGAUCAGCGCCGCACGCAAGCGAUGCACCUUGAUGCCAAGACAACGAUCACUCCGAUCGGUUUCUGUUUGUUUUUUUAGCGUGUCCUUCUUAAGCAGUCAUUCCAGAGUCGAUAAUAACAGUACGGACACUGUGUUGACACACACACACACACACACACACACACAUGCAUGCAUUUAACGGGUUUCUUCUUCAUGAGAAUAUCCUCAUGGCCUGAAACUGACAUAAACUACUAAAUCCGUCGCAUUCACUCUGGAUUGACGCCUUUUUUUAAUCUUCGCAAGUCUUGUGCUUUCUGCUUUCCGAACACUGUCACGCGUGUCCAGACAACAGUCUGAUGCUCUCAGACAGCAGUAGAUUAUUCAGUCACUGGUGACAGUGCCCUUUUUGCGUAAUCUGCCGGGCCUUGCUUUAAAACUGACUCCUUAUUUUGCAACCCAAGGGAACUUGAGCAAACAUCCCCUCUGGAAAGUUCAAGGUGGAGACCAGUGCUGGGCCAUAACACAUCCAGGAGGUUUUACAGAAGGUUGGAGGCUCUGGAUCGCAUGCCGUCAUGCUGUCCUUAGACGAGCCACUGGACCUGAAGGUGCCGAGGGGGCGGGGCAGUGGGCGGAGCAGAGGCGCCAGGUCUCCGCCCACUCUCACUCCCUCUCUCAUUCACGCCAAGGGGGCGGGGCAGCUGCGGAUGGCAGACGACGGGACCGCCGUCAUCGUUCCAGCAUCCCCUGCCUCUCCACACACAGGUGCCCUUCAGGCUAAAUCGGAGACCCCUACACCGUCUGCUGUGGACCUCAGCAUGUCCCCGUCCUCCAGAAACACCGCCUGCUCUCCAGAUCUCUCUAAUGGAAAUGGCUCAGCUCCUGUUUUCCCCGGGGACUCGGCUCAUAUCCGUUACGUGGAGGGAGGGGCGACAUCUCAAGCCUUCCAGUUCUUCCUCCCCAUUGGAGGAGGUGGAGGGCUUCACCCUCCCUCGAUGUUCAUUCGGCAGCCCAAGGACACACGAGCUUCUCCAGACCUCUCCGCAGAUGAACAGCUGGCCUGUCGCUGGAGGAAGUGCCACCUACUUUUUGACUCCUUGCAAGACCUGGUGGAUCACGUCAAUGACUUCCAUGUAAAGCCUGAGAAGGAAUCUGGGUACUGUUGCCACUGGGAGGGAUGUGCACGCAAAGGACGGGGAUUCAAUGCCAGGUACAAGAUGUUGAUACACAUCCGUACUCACACCAAUGAGAAACCUCACCGCUGUCCUACCUGCAACAAGAGCUUUUCCCGCCUGGAGAACCUCAAGAUACACAACCGCUCGCAUACAGGAGAGAAGCCCUACAUCUGUCCCUACGAGGGCUGCAACAAGCGCUACUCCAAUUCCAGUGACCGGUUCAAACACACGCGCACGCACUAUGUGGACAAGCCCUACUACUGCAAGAUGGUGGGCUGCUUGAAACGCUACACGGACCCCAGCUCCCUGAGGAAGCAUAUUAAGGCUCACGGGCACUUUGUCGCCCAGGAGCAGGGAGGUCCGGGUGGGGUGGGAUCUCUGAUGAAGCAGGGGCAGACUGCAGGGGCAGGGAAAGAAUCUGAGCUGACUUAUGUCAGUGGGACCCACUUUAUCAUUCCUGGUGCUGCCGCUGCUCUCUUGGGUGGUCAUGGUCUGCAGGGUCUUGGAGGAUCCCUCCCUUUGUCUCCUCUCAAUCCCCACCCCUUGGACUUGAGCACACUGGGAUGCCCAAGCUCCCCUCCAGCUGGGCUUAGGAAGACCUCCAUCCUGUCCUUCAGUGGUUCCCCACUUGGCCUGGCCAAGUCACCCUUGCUCUCUCAUACCUUCUCAUCUUCCACGUUGGGGUUGCCCAUGGUGCCAAUUUUGGGCUCGGAGCGCAGGGACCAUGGCAAGGCCAGAGGUGGGGAGGGUGAGGACGAGAUCCACGGUGGAGUGCUCAACUUGUCUACAGGGGCAUCCAACGACCCCCUGUCUUGGGUUGUCAUCCCUUCUGGCUCAGUGGUGCUGAAGCCAGCUGUGGUCAACUGAGUGCCACAUUCCAGAGGGACGGCAGGGGAAGGGUGGGGGUGGAACAGGGGUCAAAGGUCAGAG